ACUCACAGUCUUAUAGUGUAAGCAGGAGGGGGUACCUCUUUCGAGAAAUUGAGUGGGAAACCAGUUACCUGCCGUCAGAGCGGUGUGCGCGGGAGUGUUUUUUGUCCUCGUGUAUAGUGCAGUGUUUUUAGAUAAUGUAUCACACUAACUAAGUAUGACAGAUUACGAAGUCAUCAGGGCAGGCUGCCUUCAGAGACGGGAGCUUUGGGAAGAUCCAGAUUUUCCCGCAGUGCAGCCUUCAGUUUUUUAUCACCAAGUCCCGCCUUUCACAUUUGAAUGGAAACGUGCUAAGGAAUUGUAUGCCAACCCGAAAUUUAUCCUUGACUGCAAUGACACAUUCGACGUGGUAACCGGAAGGCUUGGUGACAAGUGGUUAUUAUCAUGCGUCGGAGUAUUAUAUCUAUGCAAAGGACUUUUCUACAGAGUUGUACCUGCCGACCAAAGGAUAGAUUCAAAUUAUGCUGGUGUAUUCAGAUUUCGCCUAUGGUGGUGCGGUCAGUGGGUAGAGGUUCUAGUUGACGACCGGUUACCGACCGUUCACGGCAAGUUGGCGUUCAUGCACUGCAGUCACUCAGAGCAGCUUUGGCCGGCACUACUCGAAAAGGCUUAUGCAAAGAUGCAUGGCUCUUAUGAAGCGUUAAAGUACGGAAAUCUGCUCGAUGGACUGGCGGACUUAACGGGAGGAAUUACGGAAUCGCUCAACGUUACUGACUUCACUGACGCCGCUUCUCUCCACAGUCUCAUGAAAACCACCAGCAUCGUAACCGCUUAUCGCUUACCAAAUGCAGUGACACACUCUGUUAAAAGCAUUGAAUCGGGAAUGAAUUACAGACUUUAUAAUGUAGAGAGGAUAGACACCACAGAAGGCUCCAUAUACUUGGUGAGGCUCGCAAGACCACUGGCCCCUGGAGAUACACAUAUUACUCACUUUAUUUUGGACCACACAAUGUGGAGUUCUAUACCGGCUCACGAAAGGGAUCGAUUGACUUCAACAACGAAAGGAUUUUGGAUGCUUUACAGUGACUUUGUGUCAAUGUUUUCUCGAGUUGAAAUGGUACAUCUGGACGUCGAAACGUGCAAAGCGGAAACUUCCUUGUCAGAUAAACAGAAGUGGCAAAUGAAAAGCCAUCAAGGACGGUGGAAGAAAGGUGUAUCCGCAGGAGGUUGUAGAAAUCACGUUAAUUUCUUCCACAUGAAUCCACAAAUACAAAUAGUACUAAAUGAACCAGAUACUGUUAUAAUUUCGUUAAACCAACACAGCAUCAUGGAGCCGAAAGUUAUAGGAUUUAGCAUUUACAAGAUUUCUAAGUGCCUCUCAGAAACCGCAUCGCCAGCGUUUUUUAAAAAGACAAAGAGUUCAAUAAAUUCGCAAUACACCAAUAGUCGACAAGUUAGUGAAAGAUGCUUAUUAGAUGCUGGAGCAUACUUAGUGAUACCUACGACGUUUGAGCCAAGACAGGAAGCAAACUUUUCUCUAAGAGUAUAUUCAAUAAGACAAUUAAAAAUGAGAGUUUUGGAUUGUGCUCCACAGAUGUUAAAAGCUGCAAUACUUAAAGCUCCUUCUGGAGUAGAGUCGAAUAGCUUCGCUCAAUACGAAUCACAAUUCCUUCAAUUGGCUGACGAACAUAAAACUAUAAACGCCUUUGAAUUACAAGAACUGCUAGAAAGAUGUUUACCCAACGAUUAUAUAAAAAGCUGCGCCACUAUGGAAACAUGUAGACAGGUCGUGCUGUCAUUGGAAAAAGACGGAUCUGGACGGAUAACUCUAUCAGAUUUCAAGGACCUAAUUUGCAGCCUUAAGCACUGGCAGAUGGUAUUUAGAUCGCAUGCGCCAGAAAAGAUGAGCGUCUUGAGGAUCGAGAGGUUUCGAGACGCAUUACGCGAAGUUGGCUUCAUGAUACCAGAACGGGCUCUUUCGUUGCUGGUAUUAAAAUACAUGAGAAAAGAUGGAAUGCUUCGAUUCGGUGACUUUGUGUCGGCUGUCGUGCUUCUUCAUAGAGCAUUUCAUAUGUUCUUCACUAACUGCUCCACGAGUUCUUUGAAAGUCAAUUUAACUUUCGCCGAGUGGCUGAAGUCGGCUUUGACAUGCUAAUUCUAGGCUAGAUUGCAUUAAAUGUAAAGUAUUUAUGUUGCAUUUAGCUAAGUGUCUGUAAAUAUUGAAUAAAAUAAUUAUUUGUUUAAGAAAUUUUGUCAUAAUAAAGUUGUAUUUCCUC